GAGAUCUUUGGACAGCUCAUCUCCGAUCACAUUCCGCAGGAGUUCGUGGUCUCUCAUCCCAUGCUGGAGCAGGAGGUCCACGUCUUCAGCUGGAACAUCAUGGCCAGGGCUCUUUGCAGGAAGCCAGGCGCCCAAAGAGAGGGCAAGGACGAAGCGGAGGACGUCUCGAACAAUGGCCUUGACCUGGAUGAGACCAUCGAUGAGUACACCAGGCCUACUUUUCCGCUCUUGA